ACAUAUGAAAACGAUGGAGCGGGAUCUAUUCAACUUCGUUUCUUAAAAUUGUUAUCUCACGGUGCGCGCCAAAACUUUACAUAUUCAUGUCUGGACGCAAUGGCUCCACAAAGGUCUGACAUCCCGCCAGAUUUGAUUCGGACAAAUGGUAUUAAGUUGUAUGGAUUCAAUUCGGCAGAAUUCAAAGAACCGCAGCUAAUAAAAGAUGAUUGUAAAGAAGGUAAAGGGGAGAUUGUGCUAGAAAUCAAGACAUCUCGUAUCGAACGUUUACCCAUCAGCGACUUCCAGCCGCUGUCAUAUGUCGAAGCUUCACAUCAGUUUUCAUUUGUUGUUGGGCCGAUUUGCUUCUCGUAGCCGGGUAUUAUUUCUCUGGGAUAACGCAAUUAUGUACUUAAGUUGGACUUUUUUGUAAAUAUAGUACUUAAAUAAAUUUUGUGA